UUUAAAAGAAGCACGUCAACGUAGUGAAUCAGAAAUUGUUGAAGAAUUAGAAACACAAAAACGUUUAAAUAAUGAAUUUAAAAAUCGUUUAGAUAUUUUAAAAAAAGAAUUAGAUGAGAAAACAACACAACUGUUGGAAAUACGUGAUGAAACAAGUGAUUAUCGUACAUCACGAUUUAAAUUAGAAACCGAGAUUAAUCAAUUACAAACACAAUUAAGCCAGAGAAAUUCCGAAGUGACUACAUUGCAAAUGGAGAAACAGCUG